AAAAUCGCAGAGGGUUCCCGAAUAUACAGAAGGCACAAACAGAGAACAGAGCCAAAAUCAAUUCAAGCGAACGAAACCAAGAAAUGGGUUGGGUAUGGAGGGACGACGACGGCGAGGUUAAUCCAUCUGCGGCUGACAUCAGCCCCAGAUCGGACGGCGGCCGAUACUCCACGAGAAAGAUGCUGAGGACGCAGUGCAAGACGGAGGAGGUGGAGCCUGGAAAGUUCAUCAGAAAGUGCGAGAAGACCGAGGAGCUUCUCCGCGACUGCGUUGGCCGGCCCGUUGAAGUGGUACAAUCCAACAAAGAGUACACCGAAGAUGAUGUCACGGACCAGGUGCUGAAAGGGUCUGUGCCCUUUGGGUCAUCAGACAAUGGAGCAUUUAACUUCCCUGGACUACAGAGUGAUAUUGAUGAAAUUGAACGCAACUUCUUAGGUGGGCUUAGCCGAUUCUUUGAAGCUGCUGAGGAUAUGAAGAAUGGAUUCUUCAGUUCAUUUGGCAUUCCACACAUCUUUGAUGAGGGACCCUCUACUUCACUACCAUCUCCGAGGAGAGAGAUACCUAUUGACAGCCAUCGUCAGCAGGAAGCUUUUCCCAGAGCAAAUGGCACAAAAUCUGGGGAGGUUGAUCUUUCUGGGUUGGCAAGAGAUGUUUGAAAAAGUCCCCUCUAGAUCACUUUGAAGUUGCCAGGUGGUUUGUUGAGAGAAUGACUGUUCAUUUCUGCUGUUCUCAUCCUACCUUUCCUUUCUACUUAGUAUAGGGUACAGUGGUUAUAGGAGUGGACUUUCUAUGAGUGCUUGACUACAAGCCCAUUGCAGUAAUAUGUUCACACGUUUAACGGUUUAAGCAAUUUCAUGGUUUUGGUUUUAGCAUGAAUCA